CGCCUCCCAGGUCCCAGGCUCCUGCCCAUUAGCGCCCUGGGCCUUGGGCCGUCAAGACUGGGCUCCAGGCUUCUGCCCGUUAGGCGCCCCCGGCCUCGGGCGGUCAGGACCAGGCUCUGGACAGACGGACAGACAUCUGCACCACCCGUCAGGGCACGUGACGGCAGCCACGAUGUGCUGGGGGCCCCUCUCCGUGCUCCUGCUCUGGGGGCUCCUGGGGACGCUCCACGGCCAGCAGCAGGAGGUCAUCUCACCCGACACCACCGUCGAGAGGAACAACAACUGCCCAGAGAAGGCCGACUGCCCCGUCAAUGUGUACUUCGUGCUGGACACAUCGGAGAGUGUGACCAUGCAGCUGCCCACCGACAGCCUGCUCCACCACAUGCAGCAGUUCGUGCCCCAGUUCAUCAGCCAGCUGCAGAAUGAGUUCUACCUGGACCAGGUGGCCCUGAGCUGGCGCUACGGCGGCCUGCACUUCUCCGACCAGGUGGAGGUGUUCAGCCCCCCGGGCAGCGACCGGGCCUCCUUCACCAAGAGCCUGCAGGGCAUCCGCUCCUUCCGCAGGGGCACCUUCACCGACUGCGCGCUGGCCAACAUGACGCAGGAGAUCCGGAGGCACGGCGGGGCCCGCGGCGCCGUCAACUUCGCCGUGGUGGUCACCGACGGCCACGUCACCGGCAGCCCCUGCGGGGGCAUCAAGCUGCAGGCCGAGCGCGCCCGUGAGGAGGGUAUCCGGCUCUUUGCCGUGGCCCCCAACCGGAACCUGAAUGAACAGGGCCUGAGAGACAUCGCCAGCACCCCGCACGAACUCUACCGCAGCAACUACGCCACCAUGCGGUCCGAUUCCCCCGAAAUCGACCAGGACACCAUCAACCGCAUCAUCAAGGUCAUGAAGCACGAGGCCUAUGGGGAGUGCUACAAGGAGAGUUGCUUGGAGAUCCCUGGCCCUGCAGGCCCCAAGGGCUACCGUGGGCAGAAGGGUGCCAAGGGCAACAUGGGUGAGCCAGGAGAGCCUGGACAGAAGGGGCGACAGGGAGAUCCAGGCAUCGAAGGCCCCAUCGGAUUCCCAGGGCCCAAGGGUGUUCCUGGCUUCAAAGGAGAGAAGGGGGAAUUCGGAGCGGACGGUAGGAAGGGGACUCCUGGCCUGGCUGGCAAGAACGGGACCGAUGGACAGAAGGGCAAACUGGGCCGCAUCGGACCCCCUGGCUGCAAGGGAGACACAGGAACCCGAGGCCCCGACGGGUACCCCGGAGAGGCCGGAAGCCCAGGAGAGCGAGGAGACCAAGGUGCCAAGGGAGACUCCGGCCGCCCCGGGCACAGGGGGCCCCCAGGAGACCCCGGGGACAAAGGGAGCAAGGGCUACCAAGGCAACCACGGAGCCCCGGGAGGCCCCGGCGUGAAGGGGGCCAAGGGCGGGCCUGGGCCCCGCGGACCCAAAGGGGAGCCGGGGCGCAGGGGAGACCCCGGAACCAAGGGCAGCCCGGGCAGUGACGGGCCCAAGGGGGAGAAGGGAGACCCAGGCCCCGAGGGGCCCCGGGGUCUGGCCGGAGAAGUGGGCAACAAAGGAGCCAAGGGAGACAGAGGAUUGCCUGGGCCCAGAGGCCCCCAGGGGGCUCUGGGGGAGCCUGGGAAGCAGGGUUCGCGGGGAGAUCCCGGUGACGCUGGGCCCCGGGGGGACUCAGGACAGCCGGGCCCCAAGGGAGACCCAGGCAGGCCUGGAUUCAGCUACCCAGGACCCCGGGGGACACCUGGAGAGAAAGGAGAAGCCGGCCCCCAAGGCCCCGAGGGAGGCCGAGGAGACUUUGGCCUGAAAGGAGCACCCGGAAGGAAAGGAGAGAAGGGAGAGCCUGCGGACCCCGGGCCCCCUGGUGAGCCGGGACCCCGCGGACCACAGGGCGUGCCAGGACCUGAGGGUGAGCCCGGCCCCCCCGGAGACCCCGGCCUCACGGAGUGUGACGUCAUGACCUACGUGCGGGAGACGUGCGGGUGCUGUGACUGCGAGAAGCGCUGUGGAGCCCUGGACGUGGUCUUCGUCAUCGACAGCUCGGAGAGCAUCGGCUACACCAACUUCACCCUGGAGAAAAACUUUGUCAUCAACGUAGUCAACAGGCUGGGUGCCAUCGCCAAGGACCCCAAGUCAGAGACAGGGACGCGAGUGGGCGUGGUGCAGUACAGCCACGAGGGCACCUUCGAGGCCAUCCAGCUGGACGACGAGCGCAUCGACUCCCUGUCCAGCUUCAAGGAGGCCGUGAAGAACCUGGAGUGGAUCGCCGGCGGGACCUGGACGCCGUCCGCCCUCAAGUUCGCCUACAACCAGCUCAUCAAGGAAAGCCGGCGCAAGAAGACCCGCGUGUUCGCGGUGGUCAUCACGGACGGCCGCCACGACCCGCGGGAUGAUGAGCUCAGCCUGAGGGCGCUGUGCGACCGCGACGUGACGGUGACGGCCAUCGGCAUCGGGGACAUGUUCCACGAGAGGCACGAGAGCGAGAGCCUGCACUCCAUCGCCUGCGACAGGCCGCAGCAGGUGCGGAACAUGACGCUCUUCUCCGACCUCGUGGCCGAGAAGUUCAUUGACGACAUGGAAGAUGUGCUCUGCCCGGAUCCUCAGAUCGUGUGUCCAGAGCUUCCCUGCCAAACAGAGCUGUCGGUGGCCCAGUGUGCGCAGCGGCCGGUGGACGUGGUCUUCCUGCUGGACGGCUCGGAGCGGCUGGGCGAGCGGAACUUCCACAAGGCGCUGGGCUUUGUGGAGGAGGUGGCGCGGCGCCUGCCACUGGCUCAGGGGGACGCAGACCCCCUGCGCGCCCGCCUGGCGCUGCUGCAGUUCGGGGGUCCCCGCGAGCAGCGCGUGGUCUUCCCGCUGAGCUCUGACCCCGCGGCCAUCCGCGAGGCUCUGGGCAGCGCCACCUACCUCAACUCCUUCUCGCACGUGGGCGCGGGCGUGGUGGGGGCCAUCAACGACGUGGCCGGGCGCGCCCGCGGCGCCCGCCGCCUGGCGGAGCUCAACUUCGUCUUCCUCACCGACGGCGUCACCGGCAACCACAGCCUGGACGAGGCCGUGCACUCCAUGCGCAAGCAGAAUGUGGUGCCCACCGUGGUGGCCGUGGGCGGCGACGUGGACAUGGACGUGCUCACCAAGAUCGCCCUGGGGGACAGGGCGGCCAUCUUCCGGGAGAAGGACUUCGACAGCCUGGUGCAGCCCGGCUUCUUCGACAGGUUCAUCCGCUGGAUCUGUUAGUGGCCGGCCCCCUCCCUGGUGCUCAGGGGCACACUGGGCCUCCAGGCGGAGGCGGAGGACCCUGCGCCCCAAACCCUGACCCCUGUGGCUUUCUGACGUGCCCUCCCCUCCAUCUUGCCCACACCUGAGCUCAAGCCCGUGAGAGCGGCAGCGGCCCCCCAGGACCCGCUUUCCCGGUCCCUGUCUCUGCUACCCAGCUCCGGGCCGCCCUCCCUCACCCCGCAGCACCACCCACGGCCUUCCACCAGCCUCCCUGGGCCUUGGUACACCCUGCUCCCACCCUGAGCUCAAAGAGCCCAUGUCAUACACUGUGCCCAAUAAAGGCGCUGAACCCA